AUGGUGGCGCAAGCAAGCGUGAACGUAGCUCAGCUGAACCAACAAGCACGUGAACGAGCUGAGCGAGAUGAGAAAUGCCGCGAAUACAAGGAAUGGGAAGAACGUCGAGUUGGUUCUGUUGGGACGGACGCGGUUUCGCCCGGCUAUGCUCAGUUCUCCAAGGCUGUCGCCACUCGUUCUGAACUCGGACCACCGUCAAAUCUAACUCGAUCCGAAUACACGCUGAAUAACACCAAUGUCAGGGGACCGCCACCACCGAUACCGACCGAUCCUCCACGAUAUACGCCAUCGUACUCGGGAUACAAGCCUACUGCGACGGUCCAACCCUUCGAAGAUCGAGCAGUUCCUGCAGUACAGAGUGGAUACACUGGAUUACGCAACAUUGGAAAUACAUGCUUUAUGAAUGCCACUUUGCAAAUGCUGGUGAACAACAUCGAGUUGAAGACGUAUUUCUUGGAUCGGCAUUAUAAGCUGGAUGUGAACCCAAACAAUCCACUUGGGUUCAGGGGACGUCUUGCUGAUGCGUUUGCCGAGUUCAUGCGUCUCAUGUGGAACUGUCAGCACCGUGCCAUUGAACCGGCUAAAAUUAAGGUACUUUCUACACAGUUAACAAGCCUC